CGUCGCGCCGCCGCCCAUCGGAGCUGGGGAAGGCGCACGCCUGCAGCAGCCUGCGAGCACCGAGCUCCCGGCUGCCCGCCGGCGGCCGUGCGCGGCUGCGACGCCGCACGCCGCCCUCCCCGUGCCCGCCCCGCUCCGCGCCCCCCCUCCCGCCGCCGCCGGCGGGGCCGCCCCGCGCCUGCGGGCGCGCAGCGGCAGAGGGCAGGCGCGGCCGGAGCGGCAGCGGCAGCCGGCGAGCCCCGGGCGCGGCGGGCGGUGCGCGGAGCAUGGCCCCGGCGGGGCGGCUGUGCGCCGCGCUGCUCUGCGGUGCGCUCAGCCUCUGCAGCCUGCGGGCCGCGCCGCGGCAGCCCGACACGCUCUACAUGUGGAUCGAUGCCCAGCAAGCGCGGGUCCUCAUCGGCUUCGAGGAGGACAUCCUGAUCGUGUCCGAGGGGAAGAUGGCCCCGUUCACCCACGACUUCAGGAAAGCCCAACAGAGGAUGCCCGCCAUCCCCGUCGGCAUUCACGCCAUGAACUUCACCUGGCAGGCAACGGGACGGGCUGAGUACUUCUAUGAGUUCCUGUCUUUGCACUCUUUGGAUAAGGGCAUAAUGGCUGAUCCAACUAUAAAUAUCCCUCUGCUUGGAACAGUUCCUCAUAAAGCAUCAGUUGUUCAGGUUGGAUUUCCUUGCCUUGGAAAACAAGAUGGUGUUGCUGCAUUUGAAGUGAACGUGAUCAUAAUGAAUUCAGAAGGCAAUAUUAUUCUCCAGACCCCUCAGAACGCCAUCUUCUUUAAAACCUGUCAGCAAGCGGAGUGUCCAGGAGGAUGCAGAAACGGAGGGUUUUGCAACGAAAGACAUGUCUGUGAAUGUCCAGGUGGAUUUUAUGGGCCUCACUGUGAGCAAGUGCUGUGUGCUCCUCGCUGCAUGAAUGGUGGGCUCUGCAUUACACCCGGCCUCUGCAUCUGCCCCCCAGGGUUCUAUGGCAUCAACUGCGACAAAGCAAACUGUACAACAACCUGUUUCAAUGGAGGAACGUGUUUCUAUCUGGGAAAAUGCAUUUGUCCUUCAGGCUAUGAAGGAGACCAAUGUGAAAUCAGUAAAUGCCAUCAGCCCUGUCGAAAUGGAGGCAAAUGUACUGGUAAGAAUAAAUGCAAGUGCUCCAAAGGCUACCAGGGAGACCUGUGUUCAAAACCUGUCUGCGAACCUGGCUGUGGCCUGUACGGCACCUGUGUUGAGCCCAACAAAUGCCAGUGCAAAGAAGGCUGGCACGGGAGACACUGCAAUAAAAGGUACGGAGCCAGCGGUCUGAGCGCCCUGAGGCCAGAAGGCAGCAAGCACAGGCAGCACGUGCCUUUGCCGAAAAGGGCCGAGGAGAGGCAUGUUCCGCCCGAAUCCAAUUAUAUCUGGUGAAUUCCAACAUCUGAAACGGUUCGUGUUACACAAAGUUCAUAGCCUUCAUUAACCUCUCAUGGAUUGAAUGUUAAAACGCUGUUCAUUACAGUUAAGAUUACCAGCUGGAAUUUUAUUAGCUUCAUUAUAAACCACUGAGCUGAUAUUUACUAUUCCUUUUAAGUUUUAUAAAUACUUCUAUAGCAUGAUUAUAUAGGCUUCUUUCAGUGCUUUGGAUGGUGUUUUGUACUAUACUUCAGUUACAUUUAAACUUCCUUUUUUGAUUAUAUAGCUGCAAAUGUUUUCCAAAAAUUAAGUAACAAUAUUCAAGCAGAAAACCUUGUAGAUGCUAACCUGAAUAAUUCCAAUGACUACAGAUUUAAUUUGCCUAAGACAAAAGAAAGGUGCACUUUGCAUUUUUGCUAUUGUGUAUUUAGACUUUUCCCUAAGAAAAAUAAAUAAGUUGCUUAAUUUAAAAACUGAAUAAUUCAAUUCAAUAUUAUUUUUGGCCUUAGAGUUUUGCAAAGUACUGAGUAUUAAAAGUACCCUGCAGUGGUGCCAUUUAACCAACGUAAUAUAUUGUAAACAAAGUAGAACUAUAAUGUAUGAACUUUCUGCAUCAGCUUGAAGCAAUAUAAUAUAUUGUAAACAAAAUAGCUCAUAUGUAAUAAACUUUUUAUACUGACAGUUAUAUAUAAAAUAAAGAUGCUGCUUUAGUUUUUCGA